AAUCGGACGCAGUCAAAACUUUCACACGGAGUUAACAACAACAUGUGUUGAUUAGUUUAAUCUUCUAAGAAUAAACUUGUAAACUUACUCUUAACCCAUAGAGAUGCUAGCUCGAACUAGCCACAGACACAGGCUACAACCUGGAACGCCCCCCCCUCUCUCGCUUUAGUUUGUCAGUUGCUAUGGAAACCGUAUCCGGUGACAGCUAGCUGAAAGGUUGGCGUGGUUAGCACGGGCUAAAGAAACGAUGACAAAAAGUUUAAACUCGCAGAAAAUGGAUAAAGGAAUAACUCAAAGCAACGCUCGCGUGGAUUUCGUGGACAACUUGAUAGAAGAUGAAGCGGAGAGAGAGACGCUUCUUUCCAAGCCCGCCUGCUUCAUCGUAGUUGGAAAACCGGGUAUUGGCAAAUCCACUUUGGCCAAAAACAUUGCAGAGUCCUGGAAGUGUAUCUUGAUUGAUGAUACAGAUGUGCUCAACACACACAUACAAAAUAGAACAAAGGAAGGUUUAGAGCUCUUAGAUAUCUUAUCUGAGGGGAGGAUUUUACCACAAGACAAGGUGCUGCAGCUGAUUCUUGACAGGCUCGACUCACCAGAUGUGGAGCACUAUGGAUAUGUGCUGAGCUGCCUGCCGUUCAUGUCUGAGGAGUGUCUGACGAUUCCUGAGCAGGUUGCACUGAUCAAGAACCUCAAGCUGACACCUGAUUUCAUCAUUAAUAUCAAGUGUGCAGACAAGGACCUGGCCCAGAGGCUCUCAGGUCUGAAGCAGUACUCAGAGACAGGGCAGCUAUUCACCAGGGACCAGUGGCAGCGUGAAGAUGUGUACAUCAAGAAGAGAGAGAGCAUGGAUGAGGAAAUGGAGGAUGAAGAGGAGCAGGCUGCUGGAGAGAGACUCCAAAGGGAUGUUAUUGACCAGAUGGUGUGGGCGCCAGAGAAUUUAACCCGAAAUGCUUUAAUUAGAAUCAACAUGUACAAGGAUACAGUGCUUAAACCACUGGAGGACUACAUGGCAGCCCACAACCCCCUCUACCGGAUGGAGCUGGAUGGAAACAACACACCUGAAGAGCUUCACUCCUAUGUAAUGUCCCGUCUUGGAUCAUUGGGUAUUAAACGUGUCUCCAUUCCCAUCCUCCUCCACCAAGCUGAUGAAGACUUGCCAGAAGAGGCUGAUACGGAAGAACUUCUGAGACAUAUGUCCUCCACCAAUCCGGUGGCCCCUGGCUUCAGGUGGAGAAGGAGCCGCUGGGGCCAAACCUGCCCUGUCGCUCUGAAGGAGGGCCGGGUUGUUCCUGGCCAACCUGAGCUAUCUGUCAGCUUCCAGGACAAACUGUACAUCCUCUCAUCUCAGGAGGCCUACCAGAAGUUUGUCACAAACCCCAGACGUUACUUACUCCCUCCAAUGCCCAGGCCCCCUUGCAAGGUUUCUAUCGUUGGACCCCCUCAGUCAGGAAAGAGCACCUUAUGUAAGCUUCUAGCGCAGCACUACAAUGCAUUGGUGCUUGACAAGGAGGAACUGGUGCAGCCAAUUCUGGCCAAGAUUGAACAGGAGAGGCUUGACAAAAUCAAAGAGGAGACUACACAGCUCGCUAUAGAGCGAAUCAAGAAGAUGGAGGAGGAUGGCAGAGAGAACUCGGAUGACAGCAGUUCUGUAGAAGUUACAGAGGAUCAUCCACAAGUUAAAGCCAUGGUGCUUGGUGUAAUGGAGGAAGCCAAACAACAUAGCGUAUCCCCUGUUGCUCUGCAAGCUGAGGUAUUGGAGAAGCGUAUAAAAGAGAUUGAGGAGGCAGAUGAAGAUGCGGAGGUCAAAACCGGAUGGGUGCUUGACAACUUUCCCAGCAACCUCUCCCAGAUGGAUUUGUUACAUCAAGGUGAAAUCCUGCCAGACAUCAUCUUUUGUCUCAAAGACAGCGUUGGACACAAAGUUUUGGAGAGAAUGUAUGAGAGGAACAAGGAGAGAGUGGACGAGGCAGUGAGGAACAGGAUGCAAGACGAACAGUCUGCAAAGGAUGAACAGCUCUUGAACAAAAAGGAAAACGACUCAGAGAUGCAUUCAAAUCUAGAGGCAGUCAUUGAAGAAAAGGAUGAAAAUCCUGAGCAAUCUGACGCCCUCAGCCCUGCGCACCUUGACGUGAUCAAACAGGAAGCUGUGACACUACCUGAUCACUGGGAGCUGGGUUAUCCAGACGGCCCAGAGAUGAAGGACUACAAACUGCAACUCCGGCAGUUUGUGUCUGAAUGGGAGCAAAUGGAGUCUGCUCUAACUGCUGCCCACUCCGUACUGGAGAUUGAUGGAAAAAGCCCAGAGGACCUGCUUCAAGAGAUAGUCCUUCACAUGGAGAAGCCCUUCAAGUAUGUUCCCUGGGAGCUGUCACAGCUGGACCUGGAUGAGGAGGAAGAUGAUAUCGAGGCCUUAGCUGAGCUGGAGAGAGUUGAUUUAGACAGCAGUGACAAUGGCGUGGCAGAUGAUGAGGGGGACACAACACCUAAGAGAUUAUUAGGUGAUACUCUUCAUUUCUGUCCUGUGGCCUUUAAAAACCAAAACAUCCUGUGGCCCUGUACGGACGAGAUUGCAGCCAAAUACCGGGAGAAGAUCUUCUACUUCUCCCGCACAGAAGCGAGAGACACCUUCCUUCAAAACCCAACCCAAUUUGUUGCAAAAACUGAGCCUCUCAAGCCUCCUGCCCUUCGGAUCCUUUCCCUCGGUACCCGAGGGUCAGGAAAGACCUCUCAUGGUGAGUGGCUCGCCCGGCAGCUUGGCCUCUUCCAUAUUCAGUUCAGGGAGCAGCUCCAAAUGCUCAUCAUGGCCAAGACAAAGAAGCGGGUGCCUUAUGCAGAUGAAGUAGAGUCCUCUGACGAGUCUCUGGAGGACCUGGUCACCCUGAUAAAGGAAGCCAGGGGGGAGGCUGGAGAAGAGGAGGUGGAGGAUACCACUGACGAUGACAUGGAGGAAGUAGAACUGACUGCUGAGGAAAUAUCCGUCAAAGCCUACUUAUCUGAUGGCGAUCCACUGACUCCACAGAUCCUGGACAUGGUUAUUGCACCAUUCUGGAAACAAGAACCAUACAUGUCCACAGGUUUUAUCUUGGAGGGCUUCCCACAUCAUUCCGAAGAGGUGCAGUACAUGCUGGAUCGACAGCUUUUCCCUGACGUCGUAGUAACCAUGGAGGUGGAUGUCACAGAUGUUCAGAAACGUCUGUUGCCGACAUACCUGGAGAAGUGGCGUGAGCGCCACGACCAUCGUGAAGCACAGCUGAACAUUCUUCAUGAUCUGCGCAAGAAAAACAGGGAGGAGAAAAUUGUCAGGAGAAGGGCUGAACUCAUGGCAGAGACACUGACGGCCGAAUCAAAGGAGGAUGAAGAAGACGAUGAAGAGGAGGAAGCAGCAGACAACAUAGAGGCAAUGCUAAAGGAGGAGUUUCCUUUGGAAGAAGACAACGAAGACUCAGAGAACGAGGAGAAUGAGGAGACAGCUACCGUGCGGCUGGAGAUGGAGAUUGAGCAGCGUUUUGUGACAGAUGAAAGAGACCUUGCAACUGUAACGGAGCUACUGAGUGAGCAAAACAUUCCCAGUAUCUCUAUCAGUGCAUCUCGCAAACCAUUCAUAGUGAGGAAUCAGCUGCUGCAGAAGUUACAGCCUCUGCUGGCUAACAGGGAGUCACUUUUCCAAACAUGUCAACCCAUCUCAUCCACCCUGGCACAGAGGCUGCUGCUCUUUUCAUACAAGCUCCACAGUGCCUUUGGAUGCUGGGAUCCCAUAAAGAAAUACAAGGAGAUAGACUUGAUCCAGCCUCUGCAGUGGCCUCUGAAUACCACACAUCCCCUAAUCUUGAAUCAGUAUGUCUACUUCUUUGAAUCUAAGGAGAACCGUAACACAUUCAUGCUCAACCCUCUGAAGUACCUUAGGCAGCCCAAGCCCUCCCCAUCCCUCCCUGUUAAAGUGGCCGUCGUUGGACCACCCAAAUCUGGAAAGACCACUGUAGCGCAGAGCUUUGCUCAGAAGUAUGGCUUGGCGCGGCUGUCCAUUGGCAGAGCUAUGCGUAUGGUGCUUGAAACUCAGGAACACACAGAUCUGGCUGUCCAGUUGAGACAGCUUCUCUCCCAGGGCCUUGUUGUGCCUGAUGAACUGGCCAUUCAGUGUCUGGAGGUGGUUCUCCUGAGCUCAGUCUGCAGCACCCGAGGGUAUGUUUUGGACGGCUUUCCGAUGACACUUAAGCAGGCGGAGCUCAUGGCUUCUCGGAGCAUCAUCCCCAUGAUAGUAAUUGAGCUUAAGCUGGACACAGUGGAGGUGCUAAGAAGAGGUCACAUGGACAAGAUAAAACUCAACAAGCCUCACCUGAUGCAUGACAGCUCUGAGAUACUUCACAUUCGUACCUCCCAUUACAAGCAAGAGGUGGAGCAGGUGAAGAAAUAUUUCCAUCAACAAUAUCAGAACUGGAUUGUGCUUGAUGGCUUUAAGAGCAAAUGGUGGAUCUGGUGCAGGAUUGUAAAGGAAGUCUGUAUCAGCAUGGCAUACAUCCACAGCUUCCUGGAGAGGACACUCAGCGGUAAAGCUGCCUGCAUCAACAGGAUGUGCAUCACACCCCAGGAGCUGCAACAUCGCCUUGGAGAGUUUGGCCGUUACUGCCCAGUCUGCUUGGCUCUAUAUAAACACCUGGUGGACUGCUCAGAAUUUGUAUGUUUGACUCAUGCGGCUGAGUACAGAGGACGGUUUUACAGGAUGUGUGGCAAAGAGCAUUUAGAGAAGUUCCUGUCCACUCCAGAUCAAUUUGUGACUCCGAGCUGCCCACACGCUCUCCCACAACCCAGCCUGCUGCCAAGAAAACUCAGUGGGAUUCAGGUGAAGAACAGGUUCCCACAGCAAGUUGAGAUGAGGGGCUUUUGUCCUGUCACUUACCUGUGUGGAAAGCAAAGGUAUGAAGCCCUGGUUCAAGGAAAGAUGGAGUACGCAGUGGAAUACAGAGAACGUCUCUAUGUUUUCAGGUCGAACCAGGAACAGGACAUGUUUUUGAGGAGUCCUGAAACAUACUGGGACCAGAGGCUGCCCGUUAAAGUCCCUCCUCUUUGUGAGCCUGUAUCCCUCACUGCCAUUCCAACGUUGGGUUACCUGGAACAGGGUGUGGCAGUAGCAGUCAUUAAGGCCAUGACAGCUGUUGGUUGUCUCAAACCAAAGUAUCCCUUCAUCAGUAUAGAAAGAUCAGCACUACUCUAUCUGGCCUUCUAUCUGAAAGCUUUCAACCAAAAGACCGCGGACUACAUUCGCCAGAAGUACAAAAAGAAGCUGGCGAUGUUUGAAGAGAGCUGCGCCCUCAUCCCCUACCUGAGCUCAACAAUGAGAGGGAACUACAGGCCACCCAGUGAACGUCCCAUUGACUUUGAGUUCAAACUGAACAGGUUCCUGGCUUUGGAAGACUAAGAGCGCACUGCUUACUGUAGCUGUGCCUGUUUGUUUUUUUUCCCUUUUGAUGUG